AUGAAGGCGGUUUUCUCUCGCAGGGUCGUUGGCUCGUCUUCGCAGCUAACCAAAUUGGUGACGAAGCAGCCGAACCAGAGUCGCCAUUUCUUGAGUCAUCUUCUUCUUCCUUCUGCUCUCUCUUCUUCAACUUCUUCUUCAGCCAACCGAUUUGUUCCCUCUCUUCUACCCGCCCGGUUGGAGAAACUUCAUGGGUUCUUUGCUAGCACGUUGGGAAACACCAAUCUAAAGCAAAAAGUCGGAAAUAUUGUUUUGGAAUCUAGAGUUGGCUUCUUCAGUUUUGAGCUACCUAGUCAUGUAUUCAACUCUAAUGCUUUUACCGGGUUUCAAAAGCGUACAUGGAAGUCUUGGUUUAAUGGAGCUAAUUGUGUAGUUUUCGGAUUGAUUAUAGCUAAUGCUGCUGUGUUUACCAUGUGGCGCGUCUCAGGCCAAGACAUUAAGUGGAUGGUGAAUAAUUUUCUGUUAUCAAAGUACAGUUUUGUGACUGGACGCAUACACACACUGAUCACUUCGGGUUUCACUAAUGUUGGAACUAGUCAACUCAUCUUGAACAUGAUUGGACUUUGCUACUUCGGAACCAGAAUUGCAAGAACCUUGGGGCCACGUUACCUCUUGAAGCUGUACUUUGCUGGAACACUUGGUAGCUCUGUUUUCUUCUUGAGUAUUCAUGCUCUCUCGGUUAUGUCACUCAAGGGCCAACGAGUAGUAGUAGUAGUCACUAAAGAUCAAGUAAAAGUCCCCAUUUUUCAACAGGGUGCUGAUGGAUCUGUGUUUGCCAUCACGCUUCUCGAUAUGUUCAUCUACCCGAAAGUUACAACAUACUUUGGGUUGAUCCUCCGUGUGCCUGCGUUGACUGGAAUCUUUUUCUUAGGACUCGACAUGUUAAAGAUGCUAGAGGGGAAAGAUAGCAAAAUCUUAUCAAGUUCGAGUCAGUUAGGUGGACUAGUAGUAGCAGUCAUGGCGUGGGCACGGUUAAGGAAAGGCCGAUUCUAUUAG